CAAAUGCUUACUACUUAUACAAUGGUUACCAGUUUCAGAGAGAGAAAAUAAUUACCAAAAGAAGGGAGAAAUAAUAAUAAGGUAGAGGGGGGAAUUACUUCUCGCCGUUCGUCAGACACAGACCGCCAUGGCCAUGGCACAUUCCGGUGAUUCCAUUGCCGUGGAUAUGCCAAAUCAUCUUAUUGAAAAGGAACAUAUCAUUAUAACUGGCCAUGGUCCUGUGUCUGUUAUCGUUUAUGGAGAUCAAGAAAAGCCACCAUUGAUUACUUAUCCUGAUUUAGCUCUAAACCACACUUCUUGUUUCCGGGGCUUAUUCUUCUGUCCUGAAUCAGCUUCAUUGCUACUCCACAAUUUCUGCAUUUAUCACAUUACUCCACCUGGUCACGAGUUGGGAGCUGCAUCGAUUUCUAUAGAUGAUUCUGUGCCUACUGUUGAAGAUUUUAGUGAUCAAAUUCUCGAGGUCCUCAAUCAUUUUAGGCUUGGUUCAGUGAUGUGUAUGGGAGCCAUGGCGGGUGCCUAUGUUCUUACACUAUUUGCGUUAAAAUAUAGUGAAAGGGUUACUGGUUUGAUACUUGUUUCCCCUCUAUGCCGAGCACCUACUUGGAAUGAAUGGUUUUACAAUAAGUUCAUGUCGAAUUUGCUCUAUUACUACGGUAUGUCUGACUUAUUGAAGGAGUUUUUGCUUCAUAGAUACUUCAGUAAGGAAGCCUGUGGUAGUCUACAGGUACCAGAAUCAGAUAUUGUUCGAUCAUGCAGGAAGUUGUUGGAUGAAAGAAAUAGCAUCAAUGUGUGGCGGUAUCUUCAAGCAAUCGACAGGAGACCUGACCUCACUGAAGAAUUGGAGAAUCUAGAAUGCCGAACAAUCAUCUUUGUCGGGGACAGCUCUCCAUUUCAUGCUGAAGCCCUUCACAUGACUGCAAAACUCGGCAGAAAAUGUUGUGCUCUAGUUGAGGUACAAGCUUGUGGAUCAAUUGUGACAGAAGAACAACCUCAUGCAACGUUGAUUCCUUUGGAGUAUUUUCUCAAGGGGUUUGGCUUGUAUCGAUCAUGUUGGUUCAACAACGGCCAUAGGAGUUGUCUCGGUCCAUCUUGCAUUAAACCCGAGCUUCUCUCCCCUCAAAGCAUGGGAGUGAAGCUUAAACGGAUAAAAACACGGGUAUCUCCUCCCCCUCCACGUACUCAACAAAGUUGACACAAUCUAUGAU